AUGAAGAAUGGCAAAGGCUUUCAUCGAGACGGCGUCGCGUUGGAAUGGGCUGGUCGUCUCGAUGAUGCAGGCGGAUGCACAUGCAUGCACGCGUGCAUGGAGCCCAUCGAGACGAAGCAACCCAACGUUGAACUUAUCGCCAAAUUGGAGACCGAAAUCGCCCUAGUGAAGCUGUCAGGGUCACUUGGCCCUCGAUCAACUGCCAACCUGGUCGACGCAUUGCAUCCGCGAGACUACCCGACUCAUCGACUGUGCUGUCAGCGCCCGCUCCUGACACGCUUAUUGUUCGGAACAGCCACAGCUAUGAGCUUUUGGGACGAAUCGACCUUCUCGCCGAUCUCGUAUCGCCAGAUCGUGCGCACCUACAGCGCCAAAAAGUUCCUCUCAUAUUUUGGCCUCUCGGUGUUCGAGUUCGAAUGUAUCCACUCGGCUUUGCAGCUGCUGAGCCCCAUUUGGACGGGCAAGGAAAAUCUUUGGGAUAGCAAGACGGCGCUGCUGGUCUAUGUAGCUUGGCUGCGUGCCUUUGACUUGGACAUCCUCGAAGAACGAUUCGGCUGGUCCAAGGGCCGAUGCCUGCGCAUCAUGAAGACGCUCAAGCACCAGAUCUACCGCCAGUGGAUCCAUUUGCUCGACCUCCGCUGCCCGGACAACCACAUUAUCACUCGGCGCCGAAUGGACUACUACGAAGCGGCCUUCCGCAGGGAAACGGGCGUGCCCAACUAUUGGGGAAGCACCGACUGCUCUGUGGAUCCAACCCGAAUGCGUGACCGUGAUGAUCAGAGGUGGGUGCGCAUAGGCCAUACCUGGCUGGACGGCUGGAAGAUGCAGGUCACCCUCACUCCAGACGGUAUAGUCUGGCUCAAAGGGCCCUACAAUGGAUUCCACCACGAUCCCUAUGUCGAGGCCGAAACCUCGUUCGCCAACUGGGCCGAAGAACAUGCCAAAAGCCAGGACGGUCGCCAGCUUGUGCUCUGCGGCAUGCAAAGGCACGGCAUGUCGCCCGCCAUCGUGUCGCCCUUCGACAACAGCAAGCUGUCAGAAGAGCAGAGCAUUGGCCUCGAGGAGAACCUGGAUCGACUCGAGUGGUCCAUCAGCAACAUCUCGCGCCGCUGGCGUCGGUUUCGAGACUAUUGGACUCCGCGCGCCGGAGGCAUCGUGUGCGAUACGCCCAACUGCAAGAUAGGCAGAGACUUUUUGUCCACCGAUUACAAGGUAGCAACCCUCCUCUGGAAUGCUCUUACCUGUCUGCGCGGCAACGAGAUCAGCAUCGCCAUGGGCUGCAACCCACCCGGACUCUUCGAGUACUUUAGCCCAAGCGGCUUGGUGCUCCCAUGGGUACUGCCGGAUCCGGAACACCGCGACAGCGGAAUCAAUAUCAAGCUCCCGCACUAA